CAGCCGAAAGGACAACAGUUGUUUUCUUUCAUGAACUGUUUUCCUGUCAGAGUUUAAAAAGCCAUUCACUGUUUUCUGCUACCUGCACAACAGGUGUUACACAGGUCAAGUCUUAUUGCUUUGACACAAGUGAUAUGCUGCAAAACAACAUUCCUCUUAUUCUCACACCUGAAUAGUAAAGGCAGGAUUACACCUCUCAACGGUGGCAGACGUGUUUUAGAACAGACCUACAAGAAUGGCUGUUCAUCGGUUCUUGAAGCGGUGGUGUAGGACCCUUUCCCUCAUGGUCGUGGUCGUGCUUUGCUUUGGUCUGUGGCAAACUGUUUCUGACAGGCAGAAGUUGGCUCAGCUCAGAAUUCCGGAGCAGUACUCUUUGGAUCUGCCACGGUGCUCAGCUGUCAUUAUGGAGGAAAUACCAGACAAUAAAGCUGACUUGGAAAAGCUUCUUUCAUCCAGAAGACGAGAGCAUUUACCUGAAACCUUCUACAUCAAUGCCACAAAGGACUGUCGGAGUUACACCGAAAACAGGGAAUUCAUCAAAAUACCUCUGAGCCUGGAGGAAGAAGAAUUUCCUAUCGCCUACUCCAUGGUGAUCCAUGAGAAGAUCGAAAUGUUUGAACGGCUUCUACGAGCUGUGUAUGCUCCUCAGAAUAUCUACUGCGUCCAUGUGGACCAGAAGUCCUCAGAAGACUUUAAGAAAGCUGUAAGAGGUAUAGUUUCCUGUUUCCCCAAUGUGUUUGUGGCCAGUAAAUUAGAGAGCGUGGUGUACGCGUCGUGGUAUCGCGUGCAGGCGGAUCUCAACUGCAUGAAAGAUCUGAUGGAUUCACACGUCCAGUGGAAGUACCUGCUCAACACAUGCGGGACAGACUUCCCCAUCAAAACCAACAGACAGAUGGUUCAAGCAAUGAAAAGCCUCAACGGAAGGAACAGCAUGGAGUCUACUGUUCCUCCUGACUACAAGAAACCUCGUUGGGAGUAUCAUUUCAUUACUAACAAGACCAUCAUGAGGACAAAUGAGAAGAAAAGUCCUCCUCCUAUCAACACCCCCAUUUCCUGUGGAAGUGCCUACUUUGUGGUCACAAGAGACUUUGUGAGACAUGUUCUGGAGGACAAGGGUGUUGAGAAAUUUUUAGAGUGGGGGAAGGACACGUACAGCCCUGAUGAGUACUUGUGGGCCACUUUACAGAGGAUGCCUUCUGUACCCGGGUCACUGCCAGCAAACAAAAUGUUUGACGUGUAUGACGUGACUGCCAUUGCUCGGGCAGUCAAGUGGUAUGCUUUUACAGGAAACAUGAAAGACAGAGCCCUGUACCCUCCAUGCAGGGGGAUUAUCAGGAGAGAAGUUUGUGUUUAUGGACUCGGUGACAUCACAUGGCUCAUGAAACAACAACAUCUACUUGCAAAUAAAUUUGAUUCAGAGGUUGAUGAUGUUGUCAUUCGAUGUCUGGAGUCCGUCCUGUAUUUCAAAGCUUUAACAGACAGUCAGAAAACAUUACCUUUCCACUUUUAAAACUGUACACUUACGUCUAACAGACAGAAAGACGGUCUUGUUCUCAUCUGGACCUGUCAAGCACGUUGUGCUCUCUUUGCUGGUACGUUUCAUCAACUGGUUACUCUGCAAGUUUUUGCACACGUUCACAUGAGUGUUUCCUGUUUUGAUGGUGUAUAAAUAAACUGAAAACGUCAUGGUUUCAUUGUGAGGACAUGUUGUGGUAAGAUAGUUCUGUGAUUGUGGGAGGAUUAAUAAAAUUUUAAUGAUGAACGGA